AUGGCAGGAAUCAUGGAAAAGAUCGGGGGCGCUCUUCACAUGGGAGGUGACAAGAAGGCGGAGGAUCAGCAUAAACACCCAGAGGGUCAACAUAAACACCCAGAGGAUCAGCACCACAAGGAGAACAAAGAGGGGUUCAUGGAGAAAAUCAAGGACAAGAUCCAUGGAGGAGAGAGUCACGAGGGCAAAGAGGGCGAGAAGAAGAAGAAGGCAGGCAAGGAUGGCGAGAAGAAGAAGAAGGAGAAGAAGAAACACGGGGAGCACGACGGUCAUAGCAGCAGCAGCGACAGCGACUAG